AUGACAAGUAACUUAAGAAGGGAGAUAUUGUUAAAACGAUUAGAAAAAGUUGAACAAGUUGUAGAUAAUAAUAACACACCAAAAUAUAAUGGAAAUGAUAUUAAUUCUAGCGAAGGAAAUGAUUCAAUUAGUGAAUUACCUUCUUUCAAACGUUCUCCUCCUAAAAUGAAAUCCACCACAGGCCAUACUGCAGAUCCUACUUUGGAAAAAUGGAGCUCAUAUUUUGAAGUCAACAAACAAGUAGCGUUUAAGGAAAGAAAUUUCAGCUUAAAUAUCUAUUAUUCACUACCUAAGUUGCUGGAGACAAGAUCGAUUCCUGUUUUUAUUUUUCACCAUGGUGCUGGUUCAUCAGGGUUAUCAUUUGCUAACUUGUCAAAGAUUUUACAAGAGAAACUAAAGGGACAAUGUGGUUGUUUUUCAUUUGAUGCUAGGGGUCACGGUAAUACAACUGUUAUAGAUCCUGAGAAGAGUGUAAGUUAUGAACUUGAUAGCUUUAUUAAUGAUUUUAAAACUUUAUUGGAGUAUAUUUAUUUUGAUGUUUUAUCAGAUGUACCUAAUGAGAAAUUGUCAAUUAUAUUGGUAGGUCAUUCCUUAGGAGGAAGUAUAUGUACAUUUACAUUUCCAAAAUUAUCACCCGAAUUAAAAAAGCAUAUAACAGGGAUUACUAUGUUAGAUAUUGUUGAGGAGGCAGCAAAAGAUGCAUUAAAUAAAGUUGAUCAUUUCUUAUCCGCAACUCCAAAUAUAUUUAUGUCAUAUUCUGAAGCAAUUGAUUGGUAUGUGAGACACGGUCUCUCAAAAAAUAGAACAAGUGCAAAUAUUGCUGUCCCAUCCCUGUUUAGACAAUUUACUAACGGGAAAGUUGUAAGAAUUACAAACCUUCAAGUAUUUCGACCUUAUUGGGGCACUUGGUUUUCAGAACUAUCAAAAAGUUUCGUUGCUGUACCAACGUCUAAGAUGUUGAUUUUGGCAGGAAAUGAUAAUUUAGAUAAGGAAUUAAUUAUUGGACAAAUGCAAGGUAAAUAUCAACUAGUUGUAUUCCAGAAUUCUGGACAUUUCAUCCAAGAGGAUGAAGCACUAAAGACAGCAUUGACUCUAAUUGAUUUUUGGAGACGUAAUGACAAUAAAAACGUUGUUAUUAAGACUAAUUGGGGUUCAACCAAAUAA